AUGGCCCGCAGCUGGUAUGUGGACGAAGAUCUGCGUCUCGUACUGCACUCCCCAGAGCAGCAGCUCGCCUCCGAUCUUGAUUGUCUUCAUCUCUCCGACGAAGAUUCCGACGGCUCUACCACUCCCAAGGCUGACCACACGGCUCUCCCUCCCCCAUCGACUCCAGAGCCCCUCCCUCGCGUCGAUUGUCUACCGCACCCGCCACACACUAACCCGCGCCGCCUCUGGGUCUAUGGUUACUUGGUCAGAGACAACGUCAGGAAGAGGCUAGUCGCUGAGAUGCCCACCCUGGGGCGCAUAUCCCAGGCUACCUUUUUCGAGUUGUAUCCCAUCAUCGCCCGCAAGCUUCUCGGAGUGGACGAGAAGACGGCGAAAGAGGUUCGCCUCGUCUCUUGCCAGAUCCAUGGCACCGCGACGAAGAAGAUCCCGGAGCUCUACGGGCUGGACUUGACCAAGGGCACACACAUGCCGGAACUCGUCCUCUCGUUGUUCACAUUCACGAACCGGGCGUUCCGUACGCUACCGUCGCAGGCUGCGGUGGACGAGGUGACAGACAUGAUGGGGAGCCCGCCCGUAUGGUGGCCGGUCUAUGAGUGGGACCCGUUCUAUGACUCGUAG